AUGUUCGGCAAGCAGCUCUUCCUCGUCCUCGGCCUCCUGUACCUCGGCGCCUCGCCCGUCUCCGCGAGCCGCGGGGCAAAGGUCGAGCAGUGGUUGGACAAGGCCAUGGCAGAGAACCCAGGCAAGAACGUCUUCGUCCACCACGCCAACCACGGCAAGUUCGACUGGGAGGUGUCGCACCUCGUGAACCAGUAUGAGUUCGAGGUUCGAGAAGGCCCCAGGACCGAGUACUUCAAUACGAUCAUCUUCGAGGGCUGGGGCCGUAUGACGAACCACGGAGACGGCGGGUACGAGAACUGGGCCAUCGGCGGGAACUGUAACAAGAACGGCAACGUGGCCGAGUGCUGGUAA